GGAUUCCUCAGUCUGUUCAGUAACCCAACAUCAAAGAAAGCUAGGGGAUUGUCUAGUUGUAGUAGGGAUUCCUGAAGAUAUUCCACCUAGUAAACUUAUUCAUUCCAAGGAGUUAGAAAAAUAUACAUGAUUGAAGUUAAAUGUUGACUGUUGUUCUAUUUAUGAUUUUUCCAACAAUUACUAAAUUAAAGGUGUCGAUCAAUUAUCCCAGUGGAAGGAAAUCUGUUCUAGUCACCUCUGAUUCACACAAAGUGAUUUGCAAGGCCAUGGUUGACAAUGAAGGUGGAGUGGACAUGUCUAUUGUUAAUACACUUAGUCAGACAAAUCCAAAUGCUUUGGUGAAGGGGAUUUCCAAAGUUGUUGAAGAGGAAUGUAGUAAGGCAUGUCAUCGAGGUUCUGGUGCAUGUCUCCAAAGUAAAGACUUUGAACAUUUCUUAAGCUUUAAAUGGGAUACUUUUCACGAAGAUCUCCAGGAAAGAUGUCCUCAUACUAUGUCAGUUAUUUCAUCAACUGUACAAAACCCGCCACCAGUUAGUUUAAGCAAAUCUUUCUUUCAUAUCAUGUUUGCCAGUGCUUUACUGUUGCAUGGCAGGAGUCAAGAAAUGUCUGCCUUUCAGUAUAUAUUAGCAUUUCUCCUUGCUCGUGGUGGAUGUACUUUAAGGACCAUUGAAAUACUUUGCAAGACUGGAUUAUGUGUUCACCCACAAACACUCCAAAACAAACUUACUAGCUGGAAGGACAAGUUAGAUGAAGAACUUAAAGUCCUAAAGAUGAAAUGGAAAAAGAAGGAAGAACCUUUAGCUAAGUAUCAACUCGUAGGUGACAAUUGGGACAAGGAGAUUCUUCCCUCCUAUCGCACAACAGAGAGAAAAACCCAGAGUCUUCAUUUAUUUCAAGUCUAUGCUAUUGUUGACCGAUACACUCCCAGAAAUCCACUUGGGUCAGACGGAUUCCAAGACAAUCUCACUUACAUCCCUUCUAUCUCAUAGCAAAAGCUACUCCUAAAAGAGCUGAAAUUCAUCUUUGCAUCGGCCAUCAUCAGAAAUGUUCCUAAAGUUGCCAAGUGCUUCAACGCAAUAUAUCCAAAACAUUUAGAGCACAAACAUAGCCAUUGUGCUGGGAUAAAAACAACACAGUAUUCUCUUGGACUUUUUGAUACCAAUGAAAAUAAAACGGAUGAAAUGAUUCGCCUUCUUAAAUUUCUUACUGAUCAGUAUGUCCCAACUGAAAAUGAAGAAGUUGUUGAUGCCGUUUUUUUUGGAGGUGACCGUCUAACUGACGAGAGAGUUCAAUGUGCACAAGUUGCCCUCAAAGAUUCAUUAACGUCGAAAGGUAGAUUAGAGGGAUUCAUCUCCAAAAGUGAAGAUUUUCAUCGACUGAUGAAUUUUCUUGAAGCAAUUUUCAAGUUAACCUACAGUUCUGACCUAGCAGGGGAACCAUGCACAAUGCAUUAUUACAGAAACCUACUAGGGCAUAGAAAUGCAAAGGGAAAAGUUAAGAAUGCAUAUAGAGCAUAUAAGAUGCUAUAUUACACAGUUCUCGAUGCUAUUUGUGUUGUUCUGUUCCUAGACAAGAUGGGGUCUGUAGAUAUAGCCAAUAUAUCUCUACCAAACCUUUCAGAAUUGUCAUCUUGUGAUAAGAUUCAGUGGCUGAAUGACUUGUGUGAAGAGAUUAUUGUAAAAUGGUUCUUUGAUGACAAAGAAGAUGUGAUGGAGGAAAUAAGAAAUGAUUUACAGGAUGCACAAAAAAACUACUGGACAGCAACAUUUAACAAUGGACGCUUUAAGUGUCAUCACUGUGAUAAGGAUUACAAAAGAGUUAGCUCUCUAAAGGCCCAUGAGUCAGAAAAACAUGGUGUUUCAUUGAGCAGAAUGAAAAAAGGAAAACAUGUACAGAGUGAUGAGGUUCAAGACUAUGUUUUGAUGCUAUUCAAGCUGGUCAUGCUUCAUAAAAAUUUUGAUGAUGGCGUUGAUAUGGGGGAUGGUGGUCGAUGUGUCCGUUCGGCUAAGUACGAGCUUCCACUUUACCAUAAAACCCAGAAGAUUAAAUAUUCCAUCUCCUCCAUACAUACAACAGCAAUGGCAUCAGGACUUUUGACUCCAGACCAAGAAGAGCGUUUCAUAGUUAACAGAUAUGUAAAUCUUCAGGGAGGAAAGAAUAACAACAUUUCACUAGACGAGUAUAUUGAAAUGCUAAAUCGUGACAGUAAGGCUGCAUGCACAGGCCAUCAGACCAAGGAAAGCAUUUUAAGGCAUUCAAAGGAGUAUCCAUUACUUAUCCAGCUUACAAACCAGUUUGAGCAGGCAAGUGAAUUUGGAAACAGAAAAGGAUUUCAUCACCAUCCCUCUUACCUUUUAGAUGUUCAGAAGGUUGUCAAAGAUUUGUUAGACCAUAACUUUCUAAUUCGAGAUGUAAAUAGGAAGUUAAGCAAGAAGCUGCCUGGAUUAGAUAGAAAUCCGUUUUUGAACUGUUCACGAGACCUGUCAACAUUGCUUCACCGGCAUAAACCAUCGUCACCAUUUGGGCGACUUAGAGAUUGUCGAUUUUAAAAUCUGAUUUCAAUAUUCAAUGGACAUUUUAAAUGUUAAUAUUUGAAUGCUUUUCAUGAUAUUUAUUCAUCAGGUAUAAUUCCCUUUUUGAAUAAAAUUAACACUUUGCUAUACAUGUCCAUUUCUUUUACAAGCAGUCUUCAUUGUACAUGUUGUGCAUAUCCAAAAGUGCAAUUUUCAAAAUUUUAAGAGACGUGCAUGUAUGCUAUAAUUUAAA